AUGCAAUCAAGUGCAACGAUUUUGGGGACGUGCUCCUUGUUGGCCCACUCGACGAGCGAUAUAUCCUUUCUUUCUUUUUUCUCUUUUUCGCAGUUUAUUCUUCCUUUUACCAUCCAUUCUUCUUAUAACCUUUCUCCAUCUUCGUUUUCUUCUUUUUCAUUACUUAUCUUUUUUAUUACUUCUUUCUUUCUCUCUAUCCUUCUAAGACUUUUCUUUCUUUUUUUUUCUUUUUCACGUUUUAUUCUUCCUUUUACCAUCUAUCCUUCUCAUCACUUUUCUAUAACUUCGUUUAUCCUUUCUUUUACCCACCAUUCUUCUCAUCACCCUUCUCCAUUUUAUUCUUUUUUCAUUACUUAUCUUUUUUUAACUUCUUUCCUUCUCUUUUUUCCUUUUUCUACGAUUUUUUUCUUUUUUCUUCUUCCUUUUCACGGUUUAUCCUUUAUUUUACUCUCCAUUCUUCAAAUAACUUUCCUUUCUCUUCACUUCCUUCUUUUUCAUUUUCGAGGUUUAUCCUUCCUUUUACCCUCCAUUCUUCUUAUCACCUUUCUCCUCCUUCGUUUUCUUCUUUUUCAUUACUCAUCAUUUUUUUUUAAUUCUUUCAUUCUCUCUAUCUAUCUUCUGAGACUUUUCAUUCUUUUUUUCUCUUUUUCGCACAAACUUCUUUGUUUUCUUCUUUUUUCAUUAUUUAUCACUUUUGACUUCUUUCCUUCUCUCUAUCCUUCUUCUAAGAUUUUCUUCUUUUUUUCUUUUUCAUUUUCGUGGUUUAUCCUUAUUUUACCCCCCAUUCUUCUCAUCACCUUCCUUUCUCUUCCUUUACUUCUUUUUCAUUACUUGUCUUUUUUUAUUUAUUUAUUUCUCUCUAUCCUUCUUGUAAAUCAUUCCUUUUUUUCUUUUUCGCGGUUUAUCCUUCCUUUCUUCCUCCAUUCUUGUGAUCACCUUUCUUUCAAUUUUCUUCUUUCUCAUCACUCACGCUUUCCUUCACGCUCUUUCCUUUCAUCCCUCCUCUUUGUUCUUACAAAUCUUUAA